CUCGUAGUCUUUGCUCAAAGUACGUGGCCAUUGAACACAACUGCCGACUUGUACUCAGCCCGCCGUGCAAGAUGAGGUCGGGAAGGGUCGGGACGAAAUGAGCAAUCGUGGACACUGACAGACGCUUACAUCAGCAUAUGUCUCAGGACAAACUUGUGGCAACGCCGCGGCCACCGUCCACGGCCUGUCUCAGACUCUCACAGAACGGCCAUCUUGCACGCGGCAGCGAAGUCACUCGCACACGUAUCUUAGACACGCGAAGCGCUGGCUUUGUUCUGUAUUUCUGCAAGGGAACUCGAAGUAGCCGCAUGCCAGGGCCGAGGCACAAACGCGUGGUGUUGGGCCAGAGACAUGGCUAUUGGGGGGAAGCGCUCUGGAAGGCCAAUCCGACCUCCGUGCUGCAGUUCAUUAUUCUCGACACUAAAGCUCGUUAUCCGGACAUCGGCGUACUGAUUGCUUGUCCUGUGGGAACGACCGCGUCUAUGCUGGUGCCGCAGUCACGGCCGCACCGUACGCUAGGCAUGGCCUCGAUUGUACGCGGCAGAAGACACCUGCCACAAGUAUUGCCGGAUGACAUUGGUAUCCUCCGGCAGGGGAAGAAACUGGCAAGCCUUGUCAACAGUACAUCAUGCAUAAUGUCAUUUUGUGGCGCGUCCACUAGUACACACAGAAGAUCUGUACAUGACAACGAACGGCGGAUGUACCUUGCCUCGGCUCUCAUCUGCCCCAUCGAAAUGUGUGGAAUAUGUCGGGACGUAGACUUCUGUCAGAGUCUCCGUCGAUCUGGUUCCUGCGGCUGAGCCGGAAACAGCUCGCCUUCCUCGGCCGGUCGAACCAAUGGCUCAAACCGCGUUCGCCCCCUUUUCUUUUCACCCGAAGCGGUACAGAGUAAUAGUACCG